AUGGUACAAAUGAGAAAAGACGACAAAAAUAAACAGUGGCUAGUGAGGAGAGAAGAAGUUGAAGUUUCACAAUAUUUAAGAGAAGAAAGAUUUUGUUUUCCAGAAAAGCCCAAGGCAGCCAAAUCAUUUGGUGAUAUUCAGGAGAACGGAUCUGAAUUUAUUAGGGAAUGGUGGAAAAGGAACAAAGCAAUAGCAGAAAACAACAAAGAAGAAUGGCAGAAAAUUGUUGAACAAGCUUGUAAAGGUAUUUUAAAAGAAGGUAAAUUAUUAAAUCAAGAGUUCGAAGCUCAACUACUAGCUGCACAACUACUAACUGUCAAAGAUAAAUCAGUGGAAGAAAUCUACUGCUCUUGUAUUCGUCUCUACACAGCUGAAUCAUUUCUCUAUAAAUUAGUUAACUCAACUCUAAGGAAUGAAGAUUGGAGUAAAGUUGAUACAUUGGGUGCUUACUGUUGUUUGUUAAAUCGACAUUUAUGGAAAUCAAGAAAUAAACAAGAACUGAUUCUUUACCGUGGUUGUACUCUUACAACUGAAUUGUUUGAAGAAUAUAAGGAGGCUAUUGGAAAAUGGAUUAAAUGGUUAGGGUUUUCGUCCACAUCUAAAUCGCGACAACAAGCGGAACAGUUUGGAAAUACAUUAUUUAUUAUUCACAUUUCACGUUCAUAUUUAGCCAGCUGGCAAAGUGACAUAUCUUCUUUUUCACACUAUCCUUUUGAGCAAGAAGUCCUUUUAAUGGCCGGGCAUAGUUUCUAUGUUAAACAAGUUGAACGUGAUCCAGAAAGCCAAAAGUAUUUAAUUUAUCUUGCGCUGUAG